UUUCAUUUUAAUUGCUCAUUGCUCAUCUCUUCUCUCUCUCUCUCUUCUUCUUCUUCCUCUCGGAGUGAGUGAUAGUGAGUUUGUGUCCUCUUUUGUUUGUUCCUUUUCCUCGUAUUUGGUUUCUUGGAAAGAAAAGCAAACAAAGUCUGAUAUUUUCCAUACCGUACUCAUGAAUCCUUCUUCGUAGUUUCCCAUCGGAUCACUAUCAACUUACAGCUCAUCAUCUAUCUCACGCGGACUUAUUUGCUAGGCAUCAUCAUCUAGGAGGAGGAGGAGGAGGUGCUAAUAAUAAUAACUACCUUCUUCAAAUGGAUUUAAUUGGGUCGGAUAUAUCAGAUCGGAUUCUCAAGAACCAGAUCGCCACUCAUCCCCUCUAUCCAAAUCUACUAUCUGCUUUUAUAGAAUGCCAAAAGGUUGGGGUACCAUCAGAAGUUGCAUCCCUUCUUGAAGAAAUAGGGCGUGAAAGCCACCACAACAAUGCUCUCCGUCAGAUUGGAGAUGAUCCUGACCUUGACCACUUUAUGGAAUCAUACUGCGAAAUUCUUCAUAGAUACAAAGAGGAAUUGUCGAAGCCAUUCAAUGAAGCGACAUUGUUUUUGUGUAAGAUUGAAUCACAACUAAGCCAACUCUGCAAUGACACACAACAACAAGGAAUGUCAUCUGAUUAUAACAACCGUUCAGAUGAGGCAGCAGGGACAUCAGAGGAUGAAUUGAGUUGUGAAAGGGUUGAAGCAGUAGAAGGUCAUCAUGAAAUUUGUGGCACAUCAUGUCAAGGUGAUAAAGAGCUUAAAGAAAUGCUCCUUCGUAAAUAUGGAGGUUAUCUUAGCAACUUGAGAAAAGAAUUUCUAAAGAAAAGGAAAAAGGGUAAACUACCAAAGGAUGCUAGAAAAACAUUGAUGGAUUGGUGGAAUGUUCACUAUAGGUGGCCUUAUCCCACGGAGGAGGAGAAAUUGCAACUAUCAGAAAAUACUGGACUUGAUAUAAAGCAGAUAAAUAACUGGUUCAUAAAUCAGAGGAAAAGACAUUGGAAACCAUCCGAAGAUAUGAGAUUCGCGAUUAUGGAGGGUGUAAGUAGCACCGGCAUAACAAGACCUCUUUAAUUUAAUUCUACAUAUGAUCGAGGUGGAUUCGUCAAUUCUUGUUUUAAUAUAUCAAAGUUUACCCUUUUGCGUGAGUGUGAUCGAGAUGAUAUCGGUUUCGGUUGGUCCAAAAGUCCAAUCUAGAACAAUACGUAUGCGUUAAUUUUUGGUCUGUUUAGCUUGUAUACAAACAAACACAUGUGUUCAAAAUAUGGUAGUUUAUCUUGUUCUAUGGAUCCAUGUUUCUGAAUCUCAUUAUUUUAUGACAAUUUGUAUAGAUAUUUGCAAUUAUGUUAAUUUGAAGAUAAACUUGCAAAUGCAAUGCACUGAAAAUUAUGUUUCAGAAUUUGUAUAGUUUUUUUAACUUGGUAAUGAUAUACCAAAAUAUAUUUUAGCAA